AUGGCCCUAGAUCACAAGCUCCUCGGUGGGGAAAGUAAAGUCAUCCGCAUAACCCAGCUAUCGCCGGAUUCAUGGAUGAUAUUGGGAUACCAAUAUGACGAUGGUACGUCGGGCCCAUGUACUUGCGCGGACCGUAUGAGCACUUCCCACGGUGGUGCUACCCAUCAUGGCACUAUCCAUCCAGAGGACGAGGACAACGGGAAGACGAGAAUAGAGGGGAGCUCACGGGCAAACACCAACCUCAUGCUGCCGGCAGUAAUCCAGGAUCUCUCAGAGGCGAUACGCGCUUCCGCCAAAGAACGCGCAAACCGUGGUUAA